GCCGCCCUGCACAGGGCUGGACACGUUAGUAUCCCAACGAGACUGAAGCCGAGAUCUCAUCAGACCCUCCGGAGGUGAGAAGAGGCCUCAUUUCGGCUCAGCAGAAGAGACCCUUGCUCUGCCUGGCAGCCCCGGGAGAGGCUCAGAGUGGCCACCAUGGCAGGAUCCCUUCUCUUGCCCCUGCAGAUCCUACUACUGUCCUUAGUCCUGGGAUCUGCUGGACAAGAAGCCCAAGGUGACAAGAGUGGAGAGAAGAUUAUUGAAGGAGUCCCAUGUACAAGAGGCUCCCACCCCUGGCAGGUGGCCCUGCUCAAGGGCACUCAACUCCACUGUGGAGGUGUGCUGCUCAAUGAGCAGUGGGUGCUCACUGCCGCCCACUGCAUGAUGAGUGAAUACAACGUGCACAUGGGCAGCGAUCAGCUGAGUGAUAAGAGAGCCCAGAAGAUCCGGGCCACAAGGUCAUUCCGCCACCCUGGCUAUUCCACUCAGACCCACGUUAAUGACCUCAUGCUUGUGAAGCUAAGUAAACAAGCCAGGUUAUCAUCGAGAGUGAAGAAAGUCAACCUUCCCUCUCGCUGUGAACCCCCUGGGACCACAUGCACCGUUUCUGGCUGGGGUACCACCACCAGCCCCGAUGUGACCUUUCCAUCAAAGCUCAUGUGCACGGAUGUCAAGCUCAUCUCCUCCCAGGACUGCAAGAAGGUUUACAAGGACCUUCUGGGAAAAUCCAUGUUGUGUGCUGGCAUCCCCAACUCCAAGACCAACGCCUGCAAUGGUGACUCAGGGGGACCACUGAUGUGCAAAGGUGCCCUGCAAGGCCUGGUGUCCUGGGGAACUUUCCCUUGUGGCCAACCCAAUGACCCAGGUGUCUAUACCCAAGUCUGCAAGUACACCAACUGGAUAAAAGAGACCAUGAGAAAGCAUCGCUAAUCUCUGCAUACCUCCCAUCUUUCCAUCCAUAUACCCUCAACAAGAAAUUCACAGAAAUAAGGAUGUUAUGAACUGUAGUCAAUUUGACUUUACCUUUUCCUCAAAGACAUAUUAAAGCCUCGACAAUAGGCCA